CACAUAUAAUGUUGAAAUUCUUCUCCAAAAUUAAUUAAAUGUCAGCAACAUGGCAAUGUAUAUUUUUUUGAUCUGUUUUCUUGUCGGGCUAGGCUUGAAUACUGCAGAUGCAGCAUGCGAUUUUAAAUGUCUCGAUGAAAAAGAGGUUCAGUACAAUGGGCUUAGCUUAACUUGUGGUAAAAUUAAUGGAGACCCUACAGUGUGUAAUGAAAAAUUUUGCGAUGAUGACUCCAAUGGCCGUUUGUGUGAUACCAUCAAAAAUAUGUGUGAUUACAAAUGUGUAAGUGGUAAUGGAAAUGAGAAUAAAAUAAUCUUGGGUGGCGAAUAUAGUGAGUGUCCUGCCAACACCAUAUGUAAUACUAAAGAGGAUUCUUGCAAAAACAUGUGUUUGGAAAAAUGUACUAAUACAGACAAGUAUAAAUGUUUAGAUGAUAAAUCUUUUGUUAUCAUGGGAGUUACUAAAACAUGUGGUGAUGAUCAGGUUUGCAAUAAAAAUUAUGAGUUUCCUUGUAAAAUCUGCAUUCCAUCUACAGGUAAUACCAAUAAGCCAACUGAACCUUCUAAGCCCACUACCAAGGAAGUGACCACCCCGACUACUACCGGAACGACACCUUUCCCCAUACCUGAUUGUAAUAAUCCAUCCGGCAGUGUCAGUCCAUGCAGAUAUGGUCCAAAGGGAUAUUAUUACAAAUGUGUCAAAGUAAAUACUAGCAGUUAUGCAGCAAGGCGGAUUUCUUGUAGUGCAUGGCCAGAUGAUAAUAUUUGCAAUAGAUACAGACUUUGUUAAAAAAAAACUGUAGUACCUAAACUGAUGAAUUGAUUAAUGGCUUCUGCAUUAGGAUUUGAAUAAUUAAAUAAAUAAGAUUGCAAUAUA